CCCUCCCUUCCCAUGCUAAUGUUCUGCUCCCUGUUGUCCCUGGUUCCAACCGUCGGCUCUGUGAGGUUGUUUCGACCACACUGCAGUUUGGUUACUCCAAGCAGAGGUGCUGCUGCUCUAAAACACACUUGUGUUAGUCCUGUCUGAAAAUCCAUACAAACCGAUUGAUCACGUCGUCCUGGAUCUGUUCAUACAUACCUUGCCGGCUUUAGCUACCGACUUCAACACCGCCGCCAGUAGAGAGACUAAAAAAAACCUGAAGGAAACCGCGACGCCGUCGACCAACCGCCGCCGAGGCUGACGUAUGGUUAUGGUGGAUUUUUUUGUGCACGAAAAGAGGAGGAGUCUAUUUGUGAGCGAAAGAGGAGAGGAGUCGGCUGAGUCCGCGAACGCACAACUACACAGUUGUUGUGGCACAGCUCACUAGUUUACCCGUUGAAUGUUGAAACCGGUGGACUGAUACCACAUCCUGACCGCGACGGUUGCACACAAAAGGGUCCGGGAGAGUUUGACAGCGGCGGGAGGAGGAGACAGCCUGAUAGGGACCGAGACUGAAAAUCGCGGGAACAUCGCUCGUCGACGCGAAGAGUCGGUGAGUCGAGGUUGUCGAAGAAGUCUGUGGUAAAUCCAUGAUCAGAAACCUUUCGGUGUGAAGGCAGCAAUGGAAGUUGUUGUGACAGAGGAGAAGAAGAAGAUUUUCCGUGCUAGGAAAACCAUGAAGAUCAGUGAUCGACAGCAACUGGAGAGUCUUCACAGCACUUUGUUGACAGCUGCUACAGGUUUGCCCGACACAUCUCCGCCACCUCUAAUGAAUGGCACGCACAAAGAGGAUGGACAAAAAGUGAUUGACAAAGAGCAAAACAACAUCUCGGACUCGAACUCCCCCAGCGCUACGUCCCCCGCCUCUCUGACCUCUCUGAGCUCUCCUGCUCCUUUCCUGUCCCUAAAUCUGUCCCCUUCCCCUGCCUCUUCACAAAGUCCAAAAGCAAAGGAUGAAACUCCUACUUCUCCCACAUCACCAUUCCACUCUCUAAACUUUGAACUAAAAAAGAUGGAGGCAGAGGAAGAGGAGGAGAAGAAAGGUUCUUUGUCGUCCUCACCAAAUGAAUCCGUUAAACCAGCAUCAACAGAAUCCAAGGAAAACCAGGAAAAAGACACAGAGGCGAUCCCAGAGAUGGAAAAGAAAGGGGAGGAACAGACUAUAACAGAGGACCCAGCUGUGGAUUUGGCGAAGGAUUCUGUUAAAGGUUCGGUUCCAUGUUCGCCUGUGCCACUUCCAAUAUCUGACUGCACAAAACCAAUGGAUACAGAUAGUGACACUAUAAAGGCCAAGGACCCUGAGGCCUCCACAGCCAAAAUAAAAGACAAAAAGCCUUCUUCCCCCAAAUCUACCACUUCUGAUUCCUCUCGUCCUUCUCCUUCCUCGUCUCGUCCAGUGUCCUCUUCUUGUGCAGAUCUAAAACAAGAAAAAGAAAUGAAGGAGGAGGACAUAAAAGAAGAGGAGAAUGAAAAAAAGGAUGUGAAGAAAGGAUCAAUAAAUGAGGAAAAGAUGGAGGUGGACUCUGUGAAAGUAGAGACCAAAAAGGAAAAAGCUGAAGUUAGACAAACCGCAAAGCCAUCUCGGCCAUCGUCCACUCCACCAUCUAAUACAGUAGUGCAAGAGGAGAAGGGCUCCACCUCAGGACUGAAGCGCACUUUAUCAGAGGGCUACGAAAAAGAUGGACAAACUGUAAAAAGAGAGGGGAAGAGGCCCAAGGUGGAGCGUGAGGAGUUGGAGGCACAACUGGAAGUUAAAAUUACUGCAAAAGCUGGCAGUCACCAUAAACUUGAAAAGAUUGUGCAACAGCUAGUGGAUGAACGGUUGAGGGUCUUGGAGCUGACCAUUUUUGACAAACAUUUCGAAGAGCUGAAGGACAGAGUAGACAAGAUCGACUGUGCCACUAAACACCAAACUGCCAUUAACACACUCCAAGCCAAGAUAGCCCGACUAGCGAAAAAGUUUGGAGAGGCCAAUCAGGCGUCAGAGAACAAAAGGAAACAGGAGGCGCUUGCUGCUGUUACUGCUGCUGCUGCUGCUGCUACUGCUGCCACUGCUGCCAAGACUGCAACUGUUGCAAACAACCCUCAAGCUCAACGGCCAGUCUGGACUUCUAUGGAGAUAAAGCAGACUCCAACAACAGUUUCUUCGUCUAUCGCAGCUGCAAAUCCAGCCCUCCCAGCUCCGCCAACCCCCGUCGCACCUCCAGCCCCAACACCCACCUCCACUGCCAUGGUUCCACAGGCCCCCAUCCUCCAGCUGAUCACCUCCACCUCUAAUGCUGCUUCCACCUUGGCCACAGGCAUCACCACUCAGAGUCCUACUGGCACCCUGCUGCUGAAGACAGCCCCCGGGAGCAGCAUGAUGGCUACGGGCCAACCGCUUCUCAUCCAGCUGCCUUUAUCAAUGACUAAUGGCCAGGCAGGAACGCUGGUCAACAUCCCUGUCUCCUCUUUGUCUGCGGCCAGCUCACUCAACAAGGCCAAAACCACCGCUUCCACCGCCACUUUCAUACUCAAGCCUGCUCCUGCCAUCACCACAGCACCAGCCUCUGCCCCAACUGCUGCCACUGUCUCAGCGCUCCAGGCCUCCGCUGGCCAGAUAUCCUCUGCCCAGAUCUCUCUUGCCCGUGCUGUGUACCAGGGGGGUGCUGGGGGCAUAACUACGCCUAACGCAGGGGUAUCCGUGACCACUGCCAGGACGCCGGCUCAGUCUGUCUCUGUAGCAGGAGCUAUGUCUUCAGCCUCUUCACCUGCAACCUCUGGGCCAGCAGCAACAGGUUCCACUGCUCCAGGUCCACCACAAGGGACGUCUCUGACAUCAAAGACAGACAACCAAGCUUCAGGAUCCACUUUAUCCAAAGCAGCUGCUCCAGUGGCACGACCCAAAGGCUCUGUCAUUGAUCUCACUGAGGACGAUGAUGAUGUACAAGUGACAGGAGUGAAGAAAGCCACUGUUGCAGCUCCCUCACCUACCCAGCGCCCUCACCCAGUCGUCAGCAUUCCCAACAGUGCAGGAGCAAGAUCGUCCCCUCAAAGCAAUCAGAACUCUUCCAGCAAUCCUCAAUUGACAGUCCACCACCGCCCUCAGAUGGACUCUCCAAUGAAAUCCCGCACUGUAACCACUAGUAUGCCAACCCGAGGCUCCAGCAUGGCACUGCCCCCUCUCCCUGCUGCACCUGCACCUCCACGCUUACCCCCAGAGGCUGAGCGGUCCUCACCUCCUCAGCAACCUCAGCUGAAGCUGGUGCCAAGUCAAACUGGUAUAGUGCUGUCCUGGUGUGUGUCAGAAACUGAUCGGACCUGUGCAGCUGUAGACAGCUAUCACCUCUAUGCCUUCCAUCAAGACAACUCUAACAGUAAUGCAGCACAGCAGCACUGGAAGAAGAUUGGGGAAGUGAAGGCCCUUCCUCUGCCUAUGGCCUGUACACUGACACAGUUCCAGUCUGGCUCCACUUAUCAUUUUGCUGUUCGAGCCAAAGACAUCUAUGGGCGCUUUGGCUCCUUCUGUGAACCUCAGUGCACAAAUGUCAUCAGUUCCAGCUCUAGCUGAACAGUUAAGGAAUGGAAACAGUUUUUUGCAUUUGAAAGUUCAUGACUUCCUUUACUUCUUUUUUGUGUUAGGAACUCAAAUAUUGUGCUUUGAACACUUACAGUAUCUGUAAAUAUCUCUCUGCAUAACAACUGGACUUCUGACUGACUUGGAGAAUUGAAGCGUCAAACGGUUGUUUUUGUCUUGUUAAUGUAUGUAAUGUAUUUUUUGUGACUGUUGUAUAUAAUUGAAUUACUUUGCCCCUCUACCAAGUCAGAUAUUUAUGUUGUUGACUCCUGUUACUCUGACCCAGAUGUCUUUUGUUUUACUUGAGAAUACGUGACAGGAUUAUCAGUGUAAACUCAGAAUUGCACAGAAAUGUAUAAAUGUGUGGUAGAAACUGAAUGAUAACUUUUGUAAGUUUUGUCUGGCAACCAGACUUUGACAAACACAAUAAAAGGUUUUAUUAAAA